AUGUGGACCAAAAGCCUGAUAGUAGCCACCCUUCUCUUUCCAACGCUAGUGCUAACAACUGUAGCACCUAGAGUUAGUGUCACAAAGGUGUCAUCCGGUCCGUUUGCGGGUUCGGGUUCCAGUAACUCCGGCAAUGAGGGAGGAAAAUCAGAGUAUGGCUCUGGGCAUGGCUCGAGCCCAGAUGGAACAUGGGACUACAGGUGGGGCUAUGGCUCUGAACCUGGAAGUGGGUGGGGGUUCGGGUCUGGGUCUGGUCACUCAAACAAAGGUGGUGGAAGCGGGUAUGGUUACGGGUACGGUUCAGGUUCGAGUUCAGGCUCUGGGUCGGGGUUCGGGUUCGGUGGUGAUGGAACCCAUGGGGCGAGUGGGUUCGGUUAUGGAGGCUCUGGUGGGUCAGGUGGGUUCGGUGGUGGUUCGGGAGGUGGAUCAACUGGGUCUGGUAGUGGCUCAAAUGGCCAAGCCAGCCGGGUGCCUUCUAUUUCGAGCGGUGAGAACUGA